CAACCCUUAUAGCAAGGCUAUAUAUUUGACGUAAAAAAAUUUAAUAAAUAAAGAAAACCAAGCAAUGUGAAAAAUAAAUAAUUAUUCAAAUAAAUAAAAGCGUUUUAAAAUGGGUAUAGAAAGCAACACGAAGGAGUUGGAAGAAUCAAAGGCCGAGGAGUCACUUGAAAAUGAAAAGGAAAUUGAAAAAAAGGAAAUCGAAGAAAUUGAAAAUUUUAUAAAAGAUUUGGAAACGAAGAUACAAUUUAAAGAAAAUUUAAGGUCGGAAAAUAUAAAAUGUGUUCUUCCAUCCGAAAAUUCUUUCAGCCGUUUAGAUUCCAGUUUAAAAAAGAAUACAGCAUUUGUGAAAAAGUUGAAACAAUUCACUGCCCUGCAACUAGAUGGUUUACUAAAAGAUAUGGCUGGCUUAAACCUUAGUAAAUAUAUAUCGGAGAUCUGCGUUUCAUUAUCAGAAGCUAAACUUAAGAUGACAGAUGUUCAAGCUGUAGUGUCUUUAACUUCUAAAUUACAUCAGACUUAUUCAGAUUUUGACCAGCAGUUCUUAGAAAGUUGGCAAAAAAUUUUAGCUAUAAAAAGUGGAGAGAAAAUAACGAACCCAAGCAAAUUAAGGGUUGAUUUAAGAUUGUUUGCUGAGCUUGUCAGUUCUGGUGUUAUUAACGGUAAGCAAGGUCUAUCUUUACUAGGAAAUGCAUUGACCAACAUUAUAUCACAAACAAAAGACGACCACAGCAAUCUAUCAAUAAUAUUAUCCUUCUGUCGCCAUUGUGGCGAAGAAUAUGCUGGACUUAUUCCGAAACAUAUAUUGGAUAUAUCAAAAAAGCAUGACAAAACAAUACCGAAAUCGAAUUUCUUAACACCUGAGAAGCAAACUAAUUUAAAAAAUCUUUUAAAAGAUUACUACAAGACUUUAAUAAAUCACUUAUUAUGCGAACAUAAAGAACUUAUGGCGAUUACCAAAUCUUUUCGCAAUGUAAUGAAAUCAAAAGGAGAAAUAUCUAACGAGGGAAAAGAAAAGUGCGAGCUGAUGCAGGCAAACUUCGAUAAAUUGUAUAAUUCUGCAGUAACCUUGUCAGAUUUAUUAAAUGAAAAUAUGCCUGAGCUACCAAAAGAUAGAGAAACUGGAUCUUCCGAAAUAGUUUUGGACACAUUAAUAGAAGAUCAGUUCUCUGGCGAAUUAGAUCCUUGGGGUGACGAGGAUACAAAAAUUUUUUAUUGUGAUUUACCAGAUUUGCGACAGUUUCUUCCAAAUUUUUGCGCUCCCAAACAAGAUUUGAUAGCUGUUGAGGAAGAGAAUGCUUUAUCCGAAGAAGCUUUAGACAUGGAUAUUGAACCAGAGCAACUAGAAGUAGAUGACCCCCCAUCAAAUUCUUCUGAUUUACCAGCAGAAAAAGAGGAAACAUCUGAAACAUGUGAAGAAGAAAAUAAAAAUCCCCCUUCAGCUCCUGCAGUUACUAACCAUACUGAAAGAAUAAAUACAAAAGCAAAUUUUGACAAUUUUCUUAAUAAUUUAAAUAAUUGUGUCAAUACCGAACUUAUUGAUUCAGCUGCAAUCGAAUUUUUGCUUAACUUCAAUACAAAAAACAAUCGAAAAAAACUUACCAAAGCACUUUUUGGAGUUCAACGAACACGUUUAGAUUUACUACCAUUUUUAUCUCGUUUUACGGCUAUCAUAAACAUGGUAAAUCGCGACGUAGCGGUUGAUUUGGCUCAUAUGCUUAAAUCCGAAUUCAAAUGGCAUAUACAAAAGAAAAAUCAAAUGAAUAUUGAGUCUAAAAUAAAAAUUAUAAGAUUCAUUGGAGAGAUGACAAAAUUUGGUUUAUAUUCUAAAAUUGAAUCAUUAUUUUGUUUAAAAGUUUUGUUGCACGAUUUUCAGCACCAUCAAAUUGAAAUGGCUUGCGCUUUUAUAGAAGUGGCUGGUAUAUAUUUGUAUAAUUGCAGAGAUACACGUUUAAGGAUGAAUGUGUACUUGGAGCAGAUGAAUAGGCUCAAAACUAAUACAGCUCUAGAUUCUAGACAUGCAGCGCAAGUGGAAAGUGUUUACUACUUGGUGAAACCCCCGGAAUCAAUCGAAAAGGAAAAAGUUCAAAGACCAAUACUGCAUGAAUAUAUUCGGCAUUUAAUUUUUGAAGAGCUAUGCUCAUCAAAUGUAGAUAAAAGUAUAAAGCUUAUGAGACGUCUAAAUUGGGAUAAUCCAGAAGUAAGCUCAUAUGCAAUCAAGUGCUUGUCAAAAGCUUACUUAUUGAGAUUUCCAUUAAUAAGGUGUUUGGCAGAUUUAGUUUCUGGUCUGAGUUCUUAUCAAGAAAAAGCAGUAACAAAAGUUAUUGACAAUGUUUUCGAAGACAUUCGAGCUGGUUUGGAAAUUCAUGCUCCAAAAUUAGCGCAAAGACGUAUCGCCAUGGCAAAAUACUUAGGCGAAUUGUACAAUUAUAAAUUAGUGGAUUCAACUAAUAUAUUAAAUACAUUGUAUUCUAUUAUCUCAUUAGGAGUUUCAACAGAAGAAGGUGUCAUAUCGCCCUUGGAUCCACCCGAUAGUUUAUUCCGCUUAAAAUUAGCUUGCGUUCUUUUAGACACAAGUGGACAAUAUUUCACAAGUAGUGUUAGCCGAAAAAGACUUGAUUAUUUUUUGGUAUUUUUCCAACAUUAUUACUGGUACAAAAAAUCAAAUCCAAUCUUUAGCCAAGAAAAUAAUUCGAGCGACUUAUUUCCAAUUUUAAUUGAUCAUAUGUACAGAGACUGUUUACUAAAUGUUAAACCAAAACUGAAAUUAAUCAAAAGUUUUGAUCAAGCUAAAGAGGAAGUUGAUAAAUUAAAAGCUGAAGUGUAUCCACAAUUAUUGGCAAAUAAUCAAGAUGGUGCAGGUGACAACGAAGUUAAUAAUAGUCUACCUCCAAUAAAGGAGGAUGGCGAACUGGAUGAGAUGACUGAAGAUAACACAUCCGAUGCCUAUGCAGAAUCUGAUGAUGAUAUUCGUAAUACUAACCUAGAUGAAGAUGAAGGAGGCGACGAAGGCCUAAGAGAGGCGUCUCCAAUCGAAGAUUUAUUAGAAGACAACACUUCUCGUCAACCAACAGCAGAAGAUUUGGAAUUUGAAGAAAUGUUUGAAAAGAUGACAGCCGAAAGUUAUCAAGAGCGAUUACGAGAUUCCAUUAAACCAACAACAAAAGAUAUACCAGUUCCAAUGAUGGCAAAAAGUAGUAAAAAGACAUACGAACAAUUGCAAUCGGGUAACAAAUUAGGAGGUUCGAGUAACAGUUCAUCUGAUAUUAAUAAGGAUCAAAAAGCAAAAGAUGGAGUUUCUUUUGUGCUAAUGAUGCGAAGUGCUAAAGGUGGCAAACAGCAAUUUAAAACAUUUAAUGCCCCAGUUGAUAGUGAUUUGGCUGUAAACUUAAAACUUCAAGAACAAAAGAUACGGGAAGAAAAUGAGAAGGUUAAACGUUUAACCUUGAAUAUAACCGAACGUAUAGAAGAAGAGGAUUAUCAAGAAUCUCUUCUUCAACAGAAGAAUCAACUUCAAAAUAGAUUUCAAAAAAAUAGACAAGCAAAGUUUAAACAUCAAAAAGGUGCACCUGAUGCUGAUCUGAUUUUCAAUUAGGAAUUAAAUUAAAUUAACUGAUGAACUCAUGAUAAAAUGGAUUGAUAUUUAAAUAUGAUGAUUAUGAAGAAGAAAUUAGUCAAAAUCAAAAUAAAAGGAAGUCGCCAAACAAUGUAGGAGCAAAUAAGUCUUUCGAGAAAUUCGACAUUAAGAAAGAUUGCAUUGAAAUACAGAUGUUCGAAGUUUUUGCAAGAAAGUAUAUAUUAAAAGUUGAUCCGAAAAUUGUUUUUUUUUUGCAUUAUUGUAAUAAAUUAAUUUUAAUAAAAUCUGUUUACUUUAAAUUUUGAAAAUGUUAAAGUCAACAAAAAGUAAAAAAGUCCAUAAAGUAAUGUCCGAACUUAA